AUGUCAACCACAAACGCCCCUACGAAACCUGCUCGUCGCCGUCCUGGUCGGCCUAGAAAGCAGCAACACCCUCAAGCCUCUGUUACACCUCCAAGUGCACCAGACCAAGCUUAUCCUUCAACCGCUACCCAACUCUCUGACGCACCUCCCCAGCGUACUACAGAGCCUCUGAACUCACCCUAUCCUCAAAUUUACCCUAACUUCCCUUUUUCGUUUUAUACCGACAGCUCAGGAUCUGGUGAUCCCUUUACAGACAGUAACACCGGCCCUGGAUUCGACUACACGGGCGAUCUUGAGAACACAAACCUAGAUCUUACCCAGGGUUUCCCUGCUUUGGGCCUUUCUACUGCGCUGAGAUCUCUUUCUUCUGCACUUGACACCACACCCAUCGAUCCCCAGCUAUCUGCCGUUGGCACCCAGUUCUCGACCUCUACUGAAACUGCACCUUCCCAGCCCCAGGCUAACCCUACAACCGACGCCGCCUUGUCUUCCACAUCGCAGGCCACUACCCAAGAGCAUCGUCAGCCCACGAUUGAAGAGGAGGUCUUGGCUCUAUCCGCCGCCAUUGUAGGUGAAUCAAGCCAAUCUACAACUCCAGCCCAGUCUACUGCUAUCCCUGAGGGUCCCUCAGAGCAAGCUCCUCCAGCUACAAGCAAGCGUGCGCCAAAGGCACCACCAAAGCAACCUCGGAAGCGAAAGGCUGAUCAAUUCGACGGUCAGUCUACUUCUGGGCCAGCUACCAAGAAGCAAGCCACUGAAGCGGCCAAGGAGAAGUCCAACGAGGCUCCCAAAGCGCAGCCCAAGAACCCUCGCAAGCGAAAGGCCGACCAAGUUGACGGUCAAUCUGUUACGGCGCCAGCUGCGAAGAAGACAGCUACUGAGAAGUCCAAGGAGGCAUCCAAGGAACAGUCGAAGGAGACAUCCGAGGAACAGUCUCAAGAUACAUCCAAGGAACAGUCAAAGGAGACAUCCCAGGAGACACCUAAGGAACAGUCCCAAGCAGACUCUUCGGACAACCCAGAACCUCAAUUCCGCACCUCAUUUGAGGAGGACAGAAGUAACCGACUCUCGCGUUGGGCACAUUCAUUUGCCGAGACUGUUGCAAAGAAUCAAUUUGACGCCCUUGAUUACCUAGAGAUCUUUCAGCCCGAUACUGCCGCGCAGCAAGCCGCCUCACAGGAAGCCGCCUCACAGCAGCCCGCUGAAGAUCAGCCCGCCGUAGACCAACCUGCCGGAGACAACGCUACCGGAAAGAAGCCUGCCAGAAAGAAGUCGGCCGGAAAGAAGUCUGCCGAGAACCAGUCUGCCGAGAACCAACCUUCCGGAGACCAACCUGCCGGAGAACCAGCGGCCAAUAUGCAGGCUAACGAGCAACCUCAAGGCGCACCUAACCCCAAUGAGCAGCCUGUAGAUCCCGCCAUCAAAUCUCCAGGGCACUACGCCGAAAAAGAGGCCCGACGCUGCAUCAAGGUUGGCGGCAUUAAUUUUCAACGUGCGGGUUUGGGACUACCCCAUGGGCUUGGUGCAGACGAGAACAACCGUCGAGUUUCGUUCCUCGAAGCGGAACUCAAACUUCAAAAGGGCAGAGCCCCUAUCUUGCCCCCUUCUCAACUUGCACAACCUGACCCGAAGCCUUUCACCCCAAAGGCAUAUCAAGUACCUGACAACGUCACCGAUCCUCGUGUUAUCGAGUUCUUUUCCCAGAAGAACAUCGACCUGUGUACCAAGAAUAAACAAGUGGACCUCGAACGGAACAAUCAAGCGGCUAAGGGCACGCGGUCCCGCCGUGAAGAGGCUCUUGAAGCGCACCGCGAACUUGCAAACAACAUGGCCAUUGAACUCAACUGGUGGCGCCUCAAGGCCAUUGCGAAUGGUGCUGACUUCAGAGAAUGGGAUGUUGUACCCCCGACUGUCAAGAAAUGCAUGUUGAACGAGAUGGAUGAGAGAGUAAAAAAGCUGGAAGAAGCCGCGGCAAAGACAGCUAAGAAGAACAAGUCAGCCGCUCAUUCCGCUAGAACGAAGAAGAACUCGCGCCUGUCCAAGGAGGAUGAGGCCCGAAAGAAGCAAGAGGUUCAGGAAGUUAUCGCUGCUUUUGCUGCCAAAGACUGGGCUGCGAUAAAGAAGAUGUCGGAUCCUGAAUACAAAGCAAAGAUUCCGAGAGCUCCUCGUAACACUGCCGCCAGUCGCAGGAAUAGAGCAAGUGUCGCUGAUGAAGAUACUGAAACUAGCACCGCUGCCAACGCGACUGAGGCUGACACUACCGAGAACGUGGCAGAAACUGCCAACACUGGUGUUGCCACCACCAUGGCUACGGACGACAUGCCUCCUGGCACCUUACCUUCUGAUGACAUGGCUACUGGCAACAUGCCCUCCGACAACAUGCCUGUUGAUAACAUGGAGCUCGGCGGCACGGAGUUUGGCAGCAUGGAUUUUGACAAUCCUUCUUAUAACAUGCCGACAAACAUGCCUGAGAUUCCUGAGAUGCCUUCUACCGACAUGACUUCUGACAACACACUUGGUUUUGGUAACGUUUCUUCAUUCAACGCCGGCGUUGCGCCUGCUCAGUUCAACGCGACUCCUGACCCUAUGUAUGGCGGCGUCCCCGUUGAACAUCCUACCUACAUUAACCCCCAAAACAAUGCUUUCGGAAAUGCCCACACUCAACAUCAGCAAUCCUCUGAUCUUCCUCGGGGAACCAAUGACUAUCAUGAGCUAAGACGACAGGCUUCCAACGUCACCAUGCUUGAUGCUCAGUCCGAUCCGUUUCAGUCAAUCGACCCUAACAUGGGUGGAACGAUGAACGAAACUUCCCCCUAUUGGGAGACUCCCAACGCUCCUCCUGAUCAUGGCGCACUUCCUCCCAACAUAGACCCCGGCCUUCUAGGUCCUAUGGGAGAUGAAAGCACUCUUCCUCCUAACAAUAUGAGCCACAACAUCCAUGGUCCUCUGGGAGAUCCUAGUCUUCACCUACCUAACGACAUCGGUCAGAGCUCGGAGGGUCUCACAAACAGUGUCCCUUGGUACAGUGAAGAAGACGCCCUUGUCAGAGCGUUCCUUCCCAGCCUUUCGAGAAACGCGAAUCAGAACAAGUCGGCCACCAACGAUAAGGAGACCACUGAUCAAGUUGACACCAAUGCUAACACCUCCUCAAAGUACCCCGACCCUGACGAGGACUUUAACUUUUCUCGAUACAUUAACUUCUCCCCCUAA